AUGAAGGUCUACGCCGCCCUCGUCGUCCUCACUGCUGCCCUGGCCAGCGCUUGCAACACCUGCAACGACUGCCCCGGCGACCAAGUUUGCAACCACUUUGGAGGCUUCGGAGUCGAUCCCACCACUUUCUGCGUCGAGCCCAACGACCCCAGCUGCAACGACCCCCGUGGCAACUGCGACACCCUUACCUGCGACUAA